AUAAGAGGCGAAGUGUUGGUAGGGGUGAUUCGGUCUUUAGACUUUGGCAAGCUUCGACAGGCUCUGUAACAUUUCCAUGAUGAACUUGUGGACGAAAAGCUCAUCGUUGAAAGUUAUUCUGGUUAGUUUCAUUGUUAUGUUUAAUGUUUUGGUUCCCAUGGACGCAGUCCCCGUCAGUGUGCCCAGAUCCGCAGAUGAAACAUGGCGGUUUAAACACAGCAGCUCAGUAUUUGAACAUUGGAUUUACGAGAAAUCAAUCUCUAAACCUAGCAGUUGGAGCAAGUGGUAUGCAAAUCCAAAUUCUUGGGCGGAUUUGUCAGGUUCAUCUUGCGGUGGUAAUCAGCAGUCUCCGAUUGAUAUUCAACCAAGAUCAUCCGUGACGAAAGCUUUCCCUAAAUUAGCGUUCCACAAUUACGGUAACAUCGACAGAAUGAUUUUGAUGAACAACGGCCACACUGCGGUUUACAUUCUUCCGGCCAAACUUCCGGAAAACAGAGUACCUUACAUCACCGGUGGUGGACUGAAUGGAUCUUAUGCGUUCGUUCAAUUUCAUUUGCACUGGGGAGGUGAUUCCACCAAAGGCAGUGAACACCUCAUCAAAUCUAAAAGUUAUCCCGCUGAACUGCAUUUAGUUCACUAUAAUACCAAAUAUGGAUCCUUUGCUGAUGCAACAAUGCAUUCAGACGGUCUGGCCGUCUUGGGUAUUUUCCUCCAGGUAGGGUCAAGUGACAAUGAAUUUUUACAGCCUUUGGUCGACCAGUUGGGUGAAGUCAUAGCAGAUCAUAACGAAACCACCCUAACGGAUCUAGUGUCGUUCAAAGAUCUGCUCCCGAGACAAACCUCAUCGUUUUAUCGCUACAAUGGCUCAUUGACCACACCCAACUGUCAGCAAAUUGUCAUCUGGACCGUGUUUGACACUCCGGUGGAAAUCUCCGAACGCCAAUUGGCAAAGUACAGGCUGUUGAGAGAGUUUGGAGGUGAACAUCUGGUGAAUAACUUUCGUCCAUCGCAGAGAGAAAAUGAUCGUCUAGUGUUCUACAGAUCUCCUAGCAGAUGCGAAAUUUCGAAAUCGUUGCCGAUCAUGUCCUCCUCAUUUGCGGCCCAAUUUUUGGCCUUUAUUGGAUGCUGAAAUUCAGCAAAGUAUGCGCAGCUAGUUGUGCGUUAUUAUGACAAUAAAUGAUGGUAAGUGAGUGAAGCAACAUUUCAAUUUCUUGCCGUAUUUAUUUGGUAAUUUUACUGCACCACAAUAGUUGAUUUGUUAGAAUUCCUGCACUUUUCGUGAAGAAAAAGCGCGUGCGCCAUUCACGAAAAAUAUACUUGUUUAACUGCA